UUUUCUUGCAUCGAGUAAUGCGGUGUCGCUGGCGGCUGAGGAGGGCGGAGAGUUCUGUAGUGAAGCGGGGGGAGGGAUUCAUGUAGGCAUCGGGAGGAGCCUUGGUCUGAACUACAAAGUGGGAAGUUGAUGCUGGGUGUGGCUACUCCCGGACCGGCGGCGUGAAAGUCGUGAUAUCAUCGUUGAACCCGAGCCGAUGUUCUGAUUCGUCCUGUAACACAUUGGAAGGCACUUGCGUUCAGCCCUUCACAUGUGUCCUAGGAAAAUGUGGCGAAGCUAGCAUGACCCUUCUUGAAGCUAAGUCUGAUCAGGUUCACAAUUUACAAACAAUGGAGAAGACUCAAGAAACAGUCCAAAGAAUUCUUCUAGAACCCUAUAAGUACUUGCUUCAGUUACCAGGUAAACAAGUGCGAACCAAACUUUCACAGGCAUUUAAUCAUUGGCUGAAAGUUCCAGAAGACAAACUACAGAUUAUCAUUGAAGUGACAGAAAUGUUACAUAAUGCCAGUUUACUCAUCGAUGAUAUCGAAGACAACUCAAAACUCCGACGUGGCUUUCCAGUGGCACACAGCAUCUAUGGAAUUCCAUCUGUCAUCAAUUCUGCCAAUUAUGUGUAUUUCCUUGGGUUAGAGAAAGUCUUAACCCUUGAUCACCCAGAUGCAGUGAAGCUUUUUACCCGCCAGCUUUUGGAACUUCAUCAGGGACAAGGCCUAGAUAUUUACUGGAGGGAUAAUUACACUUGCCCCACAGAAGAAGAAUAUAAAGCUAUGGUGCUGCAAAAGACAGGUGGCCUAUUUGGAUUAGCAGUGGGUCUCAUGCAGUUGUUCUCUGAUUACAAAGAAGAUUUAAAGCCACUGCUUGAUACACUUGGGCUCUUUUUCCAAAUUAGAGAUGAUUAUGCUAAUCUACACUCCAAAGAAUAUAGUGAAAACAAAAGUUUUUGUGAAGAUCUAACAGAGGGAAAAUUCUCGUUCCCUACUAUUCAUGCUAUUUGGUCGAGGCCUGAAAGCACCCAGGUGCAAAAUAUCCUGCGCCAGAGAACAGAAAACAUAGAUAUUAAAAAAUACUGUGUACAUUAUCUUGAGGACGUAGGUUCUUUUGAAUACACUCGGAAUACUCUAAAAGAGCUUGAAUCUAAAGCCUACAAACAAAUUGAUGCACGUGGUGGGAACCCUGAGCUAGUAGCGCUAAUAAAGCACCUAAGCAAGAUGUUCAAAGAAGAAAAUGAGUGAUGUAAGCCACUCUUGAUUCAGUCUGAAAGCUGGUGUUAAGGUUUUUUCUUUCAGCCUUAUCAUCCUUUUACAAAUUCAGACCGAGGUGUUAGUCUUCCAAAUUGAGAAAAUAGGGUCAGUUACCUGUUUCAAUUUAGAAACCCUAGUGUACAUACAAUCAGAAUACAAAUUUGAAAGAAUCAAAGAACCACAUUUGUGUAAGUCUCACUUGGAUCGCCAUGACAGGACAUUGUAACCAACUGCCCUGCUACCACAAAUGUUCAGUUUAUUCUGUCAAUAAAAAAAAAAAAAAAAAAAAAGACUUUAGUUUCUAGGAAUUUUGAUCCAGAUACUUCCUAACUGUGCUAUAUGGGCAGUUCCCAGGUCAUUUACCCCAGUUUCAAGCUUGUGACUACAUGGGACUGGUUUCUUAACCUAGCUGGCCCAAAGACCACAAAACCCUUUUUUUCCCGUAAAUGCUGCUGCUAAGAAUAUGUCAGUCUCCUCCCUGGAAGCCCUCUCCUGUGAAAAGGCUGAUAGUGGUGAACAGUAAGUACACUGGCCCUUUGACUUCCCCUCUUCCUUUUUUCCUUUCUCUCCACACCUGUGAAGUUUUAUCUGUUAAUCAAGGUGUCUCCACUUAGUGAAACUCACACACUAGUUCUUUUCCCCCUUGUAAUAUAAUUUGUGCACCGCAAACUGCUUAGUAAGUUGAAAGCUUUCUCUUUCCCUUAGGAAGGAAAUAAUCUGUGGAAUAAGAGUUUUAGAAAGAAACCUUAGAAGAACCACGUCAUUGGUAGGAGACAUCUUUAAAGGGCAGUUUUUGACCUCCAGUAAAAAGUGGCAAAAGUGCCCUUUGCCUUUCCACAUGUUACUGCCUACCUUGAAGGCCAUAGGUCCUUGAAUAGAAAUAGAGUAGGCGUCUUUAAUUUCCGAGAUCAAAUGAAGCAGAAGUGUUAACCUGGUAGAGAGAAGUAGCCGAAGGCCGCAUUACCCAGCAUUAAGUAGCUUCUUAGUGCCUUAGCUAGCAAGCCCAUUUAUGUCUUUUCUGAUCCCAAGCCAUUUGGAGCCAUCUGUGGCUCAAGACAUGAAAAAAGAGAGGCUAUUUCUAGUGACACAGGUAUUGUGAUUUCCCAAAAUGAAAGUUUAUUUUCCUUAGAAACAUUGUGUUUUAUUGGAUUGGUUCUGCAGAUGUUAUCCAAGAUUAAAUCAUGUACUUACAUGAGAAAUUCUUAUCCAAGCAUUCAACCUAAAUCUUUUUGAAAAGUUGAAUGCUGCCUUUACUAAUAUGUAAAAUAACUGUACUCACCUAUUUCAACAGUGAUAAUGAAACCUCUUGAAAACAGGGGUAUUUGUGCUGCACUCUAAAAAAUUUGAACUUUAUAUUUAUGAACCCAUAUUAUUAAAAACAAUUUUUUAAAUCUUGAAAAAUCAUUUAUCAUUAAGUAUAAAAAAUACUUAGGUAGGUUUAUUCCUUGUCUAAUCAUAUUAAUUUUUGCCUGGUGCUAUUCAUGAUUCUUUUGUCAUUUUUAUCUUACCUUUGUCAAUGACAGAUGCUUGGCAUACAAUUAUGGACUUGUAGCAAAGGGUCAUUUUACCUAUAAAAUAAUCAAAGCUCCCUUCUUUUCACUUAGUCUGUAAUCAUAGCUGUUAAUACAUAGGAAAACCAGAACAUAAUGAGUAGUUUAAAUCCAAUAAAAUGAAUUAACUCUUCUACUUAGAGUAAAGCUAGAGUCUUCUUUUUUUUCCUACAUAAAGUAAAAUCUUGUGAAGACCCGAGUAAAAUUGAAGUUUGCCCUUUAGACGUCAUUUUUAAAUAUUUUAAAAAUAUUUUCUAGUCUGUGGAGUUUAAAAAUACAAAUUGAUUUUGUUUAUUUGCCCAAAUCAGAAGAAUAAAGUUAGGUCAGUUAUGUUGACGUAAAUCACCCUGACUUUAGUAAGAUGUUACAUCCCUCAGCAAGGAGCCGACACUGGCGUGAUGGGCGAAGCCUCCACUUACAUCCCAUAUGGGUACAGGUUCAGGAUCCAGCUGUUCUGCUUCCAAUCCAGCUCCCUGCUAAUGGCCUGGGAAAGCAGUGGAAGGUGGCGCGAGUGUUUGGAUCUCUGCAUCCAUGUGGGAGACCCAGAGGAUUCUCCUGGCUUCGGAUCAGCACAGCUCUAGCCAUUGAGGCCAUUUGGGAAGUGAGCCAGCAAUUGGCAGACCUCUCUGUCUCUCCUUUCUAACUCUGCCUCUCAAAUAAAUAAGUAAGUCCUAAAAAAAAAAAA